GCGUUGUCGAUCUACCAACCUUAUAGCCGUCGCAUCUUGCGGAUGCAGCAGCGACGGCGACGGCCGCCGAUACCUGGAGCUCUCAAGAUGAUAAAAAGAAUUUCCUCCCUGGGAAAGGCCAGCGAGAACGCCGUGUCGUCUCCGGCUCCCAUUGGACACUACAGUUCGAUAGACGUCAGCAGCGAGCUUUGCCGACCUCUCAAGCCAAAGCGUGUGAUGCUAUCAGCGAGAUGGACGUGGCGAAAGAGCUGGAUGGAAGGAGAAGGCUGUUCGCAGAUCCGCUUCAUUCAUUUGAAUCCGUGAAGAAGUGUCCAAGAGCAAGACAGAUGGCAGGCGGCAGGCGCAGAAGCACACAGGUGCAGAGGAUACAGUCUUACAAAGCUGCUCUAACAAGAUCAGUGAAGUCGCCAUAUGCCGACUCGAGGCGAUAAAUUCACUUAUGAUGAUUGUCGGAUUUUAAGGAGCCGGGCAGUGGGCUGUUCGAAGCAAUUGUCGUUUCAACUCAUGCUUAGACCAUCGUUUGCAUGAAGGCUCGCAAAGCUGGCUUCCAGACUCCAUGGAAGUACGGAGAUGAGUUUCCUGUGGAAAGGCCAGG